CGUAAAGUGGGUCUUCCGCGGCACACGUUUGAACGUUAGCUCUUGGCCAAGCUAAACGGCAACACAAUAUUAUCAAUAUUUUCGCUUUCCCCACUACGUUGCGUGAUUCACGCUGAUAUUUAUCCGAAAAUUAACAUUAUUUGUCAAUGGCUGCGGCGGGAGCGGUAGGAGGAGGGAGAGGCCCCAUCUCUGCUUCCACAGAGGAGGAGGAAGAAGACUCAUCUGAGAUUUUAUUGAGUGUUUUGGCACAACAAGGCCAAGUCGGCCUCUGCUUCUACGACAGCAAAGACUCGUCGGUUCACUACAUGGUGGAUACGCCAGAUAACCACGAGCUACACCUGCUGGCCAGAGUCAUCCAGGAGAUUCGUCCGCACGUGAUUAUCACCAGCGCGAAGCAGGAGCGCUGCAUGACCCGUUUCCUGCUCCAACUCGGUGAGUCCGUGGGAACAACGUCGGUAUGUGCCAGAGGACGGGUCGCGCUGCUGACGUGGCGUCUGGGCCGAGCACGAUCGGGCUCAAGGGAACGAUACGCGUGCAUCGGCGCAGCUUGGCACUGGCGGCCUGCAACUGUGACAACGGAUGAGAUAUGUUGUUGUACGUCGACUGCGAAGACCUGCAUCAUGAUUUUGGACAAAUUCUUCUCAGGUUCCAACCCAGACUACAAACCAGAGGUGGUUUUUUAUCCGUAUCUUGAUUUUGGUCCGGAAGUCAGUAAGGCAAGGCUGCUUUCCGCCCAUCUGCCUUUCCUCCCUGCCUCGAUUUCCGAGAGAGACAAGGCGGCCUAUCUCGCCUCCUGCAUCUCGUUUGACUCGCAGCUCAUGCUGAGGGCAUUGGGCGGUCUUCUAAAAUGUCUGGACCGGAGGAGAGUCGGAGUCGAGCUGGAAGACAGCAGUGUUGCCGUUCCUGUCAUGCACUUCAAUGCCUACACACUUAAAGGUGUGGUGUACAUUGACAAAGAAGCAUACACUGUUCUGCAGAUCUUCAAAUCUGAGCGGCACCCAUCGGUGUACAAGCUUCAUUCGGGCCAAAAAGAGGGACUGAGUCUUUACGGAAUCCUGAACUGCUGCAGUUGCAAGUUUGGAUCCAGACUGCUUCGUCAGUGGUUCCUUCGGCCAACGGUGGACUUCGCCGUGUUGGGCAGGAGACAGGAAGUGAUCCGCUUCUUCACGUCACCUCGGAAUUCCGACUCCUUGAACACUUUGCGGAUGUCGCUACGUAACGUCAGAAACAUCCCGACUCUUCUGCGCAGGAUGUCGCUCUCACAUACCAAAGUGAGCGACUGGCAGAGUCUCUACAAGACGGUGUACAGUGCAGUAUGUAUCAAGGACACGGUACGCCACCUUCCUCAGUCCAUCCAGCUGUUCCGGGACAUCAGCGAGGGCCUCUCUGAUGACCUCCACCACGUCGCCUCUCUCAUCAGCCACGUGGUGGACUUUGAAUCCAGCGUGGCCGAGAACCGCUUCAUCAUCAAACCAAACGUAGAUCCCGCAAUCGAUGAGAAGAAAAGGCAGAUGGCGGGCUUGUCUCACUUCCUGACGGAUGUUGCAAGAAGAGAGCUGGAGCACCUGGAUGCCAGAAUCCCCUGCUGCUGCGUCAUCUACAUCCCUCUGAUCGGGUUCCUGCUCUCAGUCCCUCGGCAGCCUAACAUGGUGGCGAAGGAGGACUUUGAGAUCGUGGGACUCGAGUUCAUGUUUCUCUCAGAGGAUCGCCUGCACUACAGAAGUCAGAGGACCAAGGAGCUUGACACCCUCCUGGGAGAUUUGCACUGCGACGUUAGAGACAUGGAGACAACUGUCAUGACUCAGCUGCAGAACGCCAUCCUGGAGAGAAGCGCUGCCCUCUAUAAGCUUCUGGACCUGGCUGCCGAGCUGGACUGUCUGAUGGCGUUGAGCAAAGCCUCCCAAGAGUACGGCUACACCUCCCCCAAGCUCGUCAGCCGCAAGGCAAUCUCCAUCACUCAGGGCAGACACCCGCUGCUGGAGGUGUGUUCUCCUGUGUUUGUGGCCAACUCCUUUGAGAGCUACGAGACACGAGGUAGAAUCAAGAUCAUCACGGGGCCCAACUCAUCUGGAAAGAGCAUCUACCUCAAGCAGGUCGGUCUGAUUGUGUUCAUGGCUCUCGUCGGCUCCGACGUGCCCGCCAAGGACGCGGAGAUAGGCCCGGUGGACGCAAUAUACACCUGCAUGCCGUGCAGAGAGUCUGUGUCCGUGGGCCUCAGCACCUUCAUGAUUGACCUCAACCAGAUGUCCCAGGCAGUUAACGGCAGCACGGGCUCCUCAUUAGUCCUCAUUGAUGAAUUUGGAAAAGGGACAAACACUGUGGACGGCUUGUCCCUGCUGGCCGCGACCGUCUCUCACUGGCUGAGGAAAGCUCCGGUGGACGUUCCUCACGUCCUGCUGGCCACCAACUUCUACAGUUUGCUGCAGCCGGGUCUUUUACCCACUUCCGCCCUGCUGUCUCUCCUGACUCUGGAGACGGCGGUGGACGGAGAUGAGUUGGUUUUCCUUUACCAGCUGAAGGACGGCGUGUGCCAGUCCAGUUACGCCGCCAACGUGGCCAGGCUGGCCGGCCUGCCGGCCAACCUCGUGCAGAGAGGCCUGGAGGUGUCUGAGCUUUACAGGACGGGAAGAGCCAUCCGACGUGUGGACAGCGCGUCGUCAGACAAGCAGGCCAAUCGAUACAAGGCUUUGGUGGAGAGAUUUAUGAGCCUUGACCUGGACGAUGACGGUGUGGACCUGCAGCGCUUCAUGAAAGACGAGGUUCUGACCUUUGCCGAACAGCCUCAGGACACCUGAACUCUUCUGCUCUGUCACCGAAUAAGGCAUGUUUUUUUUUUGAAGUCCAGAACUACGGAAAAAGUGCCAAUGUUGGCAGGAUUCGAGAAGGACAACGAAGGAGCGCUCGAGCGGCUUUGCGUGGCCACACACCUGCCUUCCCGCGGCCCGUGAAGCAUCGCUCCCC